AUGGAACCUUAUGGAACUUCUGGUCGAAAGAACCGGGCCAAAGUUUAUUCCGAGAGACGAUUUACUUCCCCUCCGGAGAGUUACAGUACUGUAGAAGAUCGACGGGCACAUGAAUACGCGGAAUAUGAUUACGGAAAUUUCUAUGAGAAACCACCAGCUCUCCCUAAGAGAAAUCUGCCACCUACGGUAAGAUAAUCAUCGUUUAAGACCGUCGAAAAAGUAUUUACAAGACUACAUGUCGGACUGUCCUAAUCUCAUUUCUUUGUAGACAUCUUCCUCCGUCCAUUCAAUGUCUCCCCGUUCCAUGCCGACCCCUUUAGCACAUUCGACUUUACAACGUCUCCAUUAUCCCGAUCCUCGCCGAAAACAGGUGAGUAUUGUAUCUUUUAUUCCCUGAAAGUAAAAGGAGCGCAUCCAAAUUAUUCGAUCGCCAUUUUUAGAAAAUAAUUCUACUUUCUCUUUCGCCUUUGGUCAUCGUUAAUAUUGGAUGAAAGUAUUUGUACUUUUAGGACUACUGCUGUUCCAAACAAAAGAUGAUUGGAGCCGGAUUUGUGGCCAUUACCUUGUUGACAAUUACUGCAGUUAUUAUGUUCUUAUGGCAUGUUCAAAUUAAGAAGGCCCCUGAAACGGUUGAUGGGACGACGGAUAAAACGACCGAAAGAUUAGUCCAAUAUGAUCCCUUGGUAAACAAAUCAAUGAAGACGACCAGAGCUGAUUACUUAAUGGCUUCCAAUUAUCUGGUGACAUUAAUUAUUACGAAACGGAAAGUCUGUUUGUUCGAGGUGACGAACAGUGAAGUGAAACAAAGCGAGUAAGUAAUCUUACUUGAGGGAUCAUUUAAAUUUAGGAAUGACUUUAUGGAAGAGCACAUUCAAUCAGCCCAAUUACUCUAUUUCUCCAAUCUCUCCCAUAGCGGAGUACCUGUGCAUCCACUCCAAUUCCAAAGGCAUGUCAGAAGACUGGGGGUGGAUGAAGAUUGCCAUGUUGUUUUGUAUGACAGGGGACAAGUCAUCUGGUCCACCUACGCUUUCUGGAUAUUCAAGGUGGGUUCCUGAAAUUGUUUUGUAUCUAAGAUUAUAGUUGUUUGGUCAUGAGAAGCUGUCAUUGUUGAAUGGAGGGUUCGCCGAAUGGAAAGCCUUGUCAUCUCGUCCCAAUUCCUUAUACAAACUCGACCAUGGCCCCUCUCCAACUUUGCCCCCCGGCAAUUUCAAAGCCAGAUGGAAUGCUGAUUUAAUUAUGACAUUUGAUGACGUCAUCACCAACUUUGAUCAGCAUACACAUGACAUUGUAGAUGCUCAAAAUGAUGAUGCAAGUUUCUCUAACUUUUUUUCUAUCGAAGAAAUCUUAAAUUAUUCAACUUUUAAAAAGAUUAAUUAUUUUCUGCCUUCAGGAGUAUAAUGGAAAAAUUGACGGCGCCGUUUUUGGCCAUAUGCGAGGUUCAGUGAACAUUCCGAUCGAUUCCGUAUAUGAUUGGAUCAACAACACAUGGCCGAGUGAUACCCGACAAAGAGAAUUCUUUGCUUCCAAAGGCUUGGAUUUGUCGAAACCUUUAUUUAUUUACGAUGGAACAUCUCUCCGUUCUACGAUGGUCUGGUUCGCAUUAGAGAGACUGCGGUUUAACGCCUCCAUCUACUUCGGAUCAUGGCCAGAGUUUGUGAUCCGAGCUCCGGAUUUCCUUAAGGUUCUUCCAGAUGUAGCGAUGACCCCGUAA